CGCAGUGAAAAUUAUUAAAAGACGCCGCCCCUCUGAAAUUUCAGGGCAGAUCUUACCGAGACUCCUUGCUGUCGGUCGGUGAGAACUGAAGUGGUGCAGUAUUCGAGAGUCAUUUUUCUUCUUUUUGCUGUGUAAUCCUACGACUGUGAAAGCAACAUGCGUGAGUGCAUCUCUAUACACGUUGGCCAAGCUGGUGUGCAGAUCGGUAAUGCCUGUUGGGAGCUGUACUGCCUGGAGCAUGGAAUCCAGCCUGAUGGGCAGAUGCCCAGUGACAAAACCAUCGGAGGAGGCGACGAUUCCUUCAACACUUUCUUCAGUGAGACUGGAGCUGGCAAACAUGUUCCCAGAGCUGUGUUUGUAGAUCUGGAGCCAACUGUCAUUGAUGAAGUUCGUACUGGAACAUAUCGCCAGCUUUUCCACCCAGAGCAACUAAUCACUGGCAAAGAAGAUGCUGCCAAUAACUAUGCUCGUGGACACUACACAAUUGGCAAAGAAAUUAUUGACUUGGUGCUUGACAGAAUCCGGAAACUGGCUGACCAGUGCACAGGUCUACAAGGUUUCCUGGUAUUUCACAGUUUUGGCGGUGGUACUGGUUCUGGCUUUACCUCACUGUUGAUGGAGCGUCUCUCUGUUGAUUAUGGCAAAAAGUCAAAGCUGGAGUUUGCUAUAUAUCCAGCACCUCAGGUCUCAACAGCUGUAGUUGAGCCCUAUAACUCAAUCCUCACCACUCACACCACCCUAGAGCACUCCGACUGUGCUUUCAUGGUUGACAAUGAAGCAAUCUAUGACAUUUGCAGAAGGAACCUUGAUAUUGAGCGACCAACCUACACCAACCUUAACCGUCUUAUUAGUCAGAUAGUGUCCUCUAUCACAGCCUCUCUUCGGUUUGAUGGGGCUCUUAAUGUAGAUCUUACAGAAUUCCAGACCAAUUUGGUUCCCUAUCCUCGUAUUCACUUCCCUCUAGCUACAUAUGCACCUGUUAUCUCAGCAGAGAAAGCUUACCAUGAGCAGCUUACUGUAGCUGACAUUACAAAUGCUUGUUUUGAGCCUGCUAACCAGAUGGUGAAAUGUGACCCACGUCACGGUAAAUAUAUGGCUUGUUGCCUGCUGUACCGUGGUGAUGUGGUACCAAAAGAUGUUAAUGCAGCUAUUGCCACCAUCAAAACCAAGCGCACAAUCCAGUUUGUGGAUUGGUGUCCAACUGGAUUCAAGGUUGGUAUUAACUAUCAGCCCCCAACUGUAGUACCAGGAGGAGACCUGGCCAAGGUGCAGCGGGCUGUGUGUAUGCUGAGCAACACCACUGCUAUUGCUGAGGCCUGGGCUCGUCUGGAUCAUAAGUUUGACCUUAUGUAUGCUAAGCGUGCCUUUGUGCACUGGUAUGUAGGUGAGGGUAUGGAAGAGGGAGAGUUCUCUGAGGCCCGUGAAGACAUGGCUGCCCUGGAGAAGGAUUAUGAGGAAGUUGGAGCAGAUAGUGCAGAUGCAGAGGAUGAAGGCGAAGAGUAUUAAAACAGUAUUCUCAAAAUGUACGCUUGUUGUGUCUUGUUUCUUUGUUGCUGAAGUUUAACUUGUAAAAUAAAGUGCCAUUUUAAUUAUGGCUUUGUGUGAAUGUUUACUUUACUGGGUAAAUGCCAGAAUUCUCAUCUUCCAAGUUAAUGCAUUAAGUGCAUAGAGUACCUAAGCUGACAAAUAAAAACUGUACAUGGGUUUUUAUCACUGCUCACCAUUAUACUUGUUCUGUAAGUAAUAAACAUGCAUAACAGUU